AUGCUUCCGAUAUACAAACAAAACAUCACGGAAGUAUGGAGCUACAAUCUGAUCCAGGCUUUUAAGGAUAUCAAAGAUCAAAUUAAAAAUACAUCAUUCGUGGCGUUUGAUAGCGAAUUUCCAGGUACAUUAUUACCCAGAACAAGAGAAAUCGAUGAAUGGACCUAUAUCAACGCUACAGUUCCAUAUACAAAUCCAAUACAGUUCGGAUUAUCAUUUUACGGAGAGUUUGGAAGCAAAAUUAUACCCAUUAACACGUGGCAAAUAAACUUUAAAUUCAACGAAGAUACGGACAAGGCGAAUCCAGAAGGUAUAGAAUUUCUAAAGCAGCACGGAUUUGAUUUCAAUCGUCACAAACAUGAAGGAGUGAGUCACGAGGAAUUUAGGAAACUUCUCGUUGACACUGGAAUCUUUGCAUCAAAUAAUAUUACAUGGGUGACAUUCUACGGUAAUUUCGACAUUGCCUAUCUACUCAAAUUGUGUGCGAAUCGAUGGUUUGAUGAUGCCCAGAGUUUUUUAGCAACGGUGUCAGAGUACUUUCCAUCGACAAUUGAUGUUAAAGUACUGAUCGAAAAAAAUUAUAUUAGAGUUCGAUCGAAAGGGCUUUUAAAACUAGCCAGUGAACUGAGGAUUGAAGUGAACAAUAAUGAACUGGCACACCAUGCAGGCUUUGACGCCCAGGUUAAUGCGAAACCACUUAUUACAGAAGUGCUGAAGGACCUCUGUAAUACGUGGCGAGCUUUAAUUACAAUGGUGCUGAAGGACCUUUGCAAUUAUUUGGGCAGAAACCUUAACGUAAAGGUGCUGAAGGACCUUUACGAUAAGGAGAAGAAUUUAUUGCGAAAGUGCUGA